AAUGUCGAAGUGGCCGGUACACACAACACAAACUUUAGAUGUUUUUCAGUGGCUUAUAUAUAUGGUCACUCGCCCAGGACGGUUGAGUGGAUAAAGGCCAAUGUUGGACACAAACCGGUGGAUUUAAUACCAGAUGUAUGCUGUAUGUGUAAAGCUACUGUUGACAAGUCUGUGUGUGUAAUUGUAGGUGAGGACGAGGGGACUGUCCAAUCUGACACAUGUCCAGUUCCAUGUCCAGUUCCGGGACUGACCAGGCCGACAGGUUUCGACUGGGGAUGAUGCACGUCACGGAGCUCGCCUUCAGCCAAUUAAUACGUGUCUGUAUCAGUACGUUCGGACGAACAAUUAUUGGAUAAGAAUUGUAACCGAGAUACUAAAGCUUCCAUGACGUGGUAACUCUUACCUGACAGGUGCUCGAUCUAUAAUUAAUGUAGUAGUAUCGCGCAGUGUUGAUCCAAUUAUAAAGACUCUCUGCAUCUCUGGUCAACCAGUCACGUGACUUACAGAGGACCUAUAUAGGGAUUAUAUCGGAGUGAAAGGGUCUAAGUAGGACCGCUUAUAUGUGUUGAUCAAGUGUAUUGGAGAUCCAGAAUUAGGCAGCAUCGUACAAAUCUAAUUCUAAUAUUACUGCAUCUCUAACUCCUAAAUAGGUGAAUCAUUAAAGAAUCCAGAGUCUAACUGGGUAAACUGUCCCAUAAGUGGUACUGUGGAGCCGGCUGCCUAAGGCGGCACAGUCGUAUAUUGGUGUCGCCUACUAUGCGAAGGGCUCUAUUGAACCGGAAAACACCGUCUCGAUCAUCGACUUCAGAAAACAGAUUAAACCAAGUGUGAUACACAUUUUCGCUAACUGUAGAGGAUUAUAAAUAAUUACAACAAAGAAUCAAGCUUAGACCAGUGGGAUUCCAUAUUUUGUACAUAAUAUAUCGUAUGUGUAUAUAGAUAUUUGAUGUGGUGAAUUUGACGUUUCGCUGUUAGAGAGGACCAGUUCUGAUAUUACAUGAUGUUACAACGUAAGUGAUAUAUUUUGGAGAGUGUUAUGGUGAAAUCGCUGAUGUGAUUUAAGGUUUUGAUAACAUAAUACGUGUAUAUAGCACACUGGGGUCGUUAAUCUGUGGGCGACAGGAGGAUUAACGUCUAAUUCGUUUGUACAGUUGGAGUACAACACACGAGUAUAUUCAGCAGUAUAUAAAGUGACAAUCUAAAAAAGGACGAAGGGUUCAUUACAACAUCAUCUGUCGGGGACAAUAGUAUUCGGUCAUAGUUGGAGGCGUACACGGUGAACAAUCAUUUUAUAACCCAUUACAUGUCGGCGAUGUAGAGUUCGGUGUAAGUUAAAUAUCAUGUGAAUCGUAAAUUUGGAACAGUCUAAUGACAUUCCUGGAAAAAAUGUCCAAAAUGGUCUUCCAGAUAUGUUCCUAAUUGUGUCAAAAAGUGUAUGGAGUCUUUUCGCCAUGGAAUUAAAGCCUACACACGUUUUUGUGGAAACUGAUUAUGGGUGCAAACCUCAGCGACUAUAUUUCCAAUUUGGCAUGUAAGGAGUCCUUGGGAAUUAUUGGUCCACACCUCAUCCUGUCUGGUCGUGUUACUGUUGACGGGGAUCGAUAUUGGAAGCAGGGUUCGUGAUUUGACUGAGAGAGUAACGGACGGCUCCAUUAUUACGAGUAUUGAUCGCCAUACACCCCCUAUAACGGGGAGUAUUUUCAUCGCCUUGUAUGUGGAAAAAAAUGUACCCUCAAAUGGACUCAAAAUACAAUUUAUCCGGUUUUUAACACACACGUGACGGGAUUCUGAUAUUAAACUUGGAUUUGUGUUUAUAACUGCCGAUGACCGUUGUUAAACUUUUUAUAACUAUCUGGAAAAGUGUGUUUGUUUACUUUCCAUGACAGAAAUGUCCGUUAGAUGUCCUCGGCUGUUGCCUGUACUGAAAUGUAAACAAUCUCGUGUGUUCGGAUAUUCUGUGACGUGGAUCGUAACUUCGUGCUAUUAUGACUUCUUACAGUAAAAUACUGCUGUUUGGACAGUUUUUUCUAUGAUGAUUCAAACCUCUGUCACUUCCAUUCUUGCCAAUAGCUCCUGAGGAAGAGAAAAACCAUGGCAAAUUUGGUGUUCAAUAAAACAUUAGCAGUUUUACCAGACCUUGCCUUGGAUAACGACACAGCGGUGAUAUACACAACUAGAUUUAACUCUAGCUUAUCGGGCAACAGUUCGGCAUUUCCAGGAAAUGAUACGACAAUUGCCGAAGGGUACCCCCCUCGUCCCGAUUCUCGGUACGAGGUUUGGCAACAAGUGCUGAUCACGAUGGUCCUUGUAAUGUUGACCACGGGGACUGUGAUAGGAAACUCGCUCGUGUGUAUAGCAGUAGGCAUUGUGAAGCGCCUACAGACGCCCUCCAACCUCCUCAUCCUGUCACUGGCGGUGUCUGACCUGCUGGUGGCGAUUUGUGUGAUGCCUUUCAAUGCCGCCUACGAGGUGAUGUCAUAUUGGUCACUAGGUGAGGUCGUGUGUGACCUCUUUACGUCAUUGGAUGUUAUCUUGUGUACAGCUUCCAUUCUGAACCUCUGUAUGAUCAGUGUUGACCGCUACUUCGUCAUCACCAGGCCGUUCAAAUACGCCAUGAGAAGGACGCCGCGUCUCAUGGGUCUGAUGAUUGCCGGUGUGUGGAGCACUUCUGUCGUUAUUUCUAUCCCGCCUUUACUGGGGUGGAAAACAGAACGGCCGCCAUGGCAUUGUUUAAUAAGCCAAGAAAUAGGAUACCAAAUCUAUGCAACCCUCUGUGCCUUUUACCUCCCUCUUACUGUUAUGUUAGUCGUAUAUUUCCGAAUCUGGAAAGUAUCUUCAAGACUUAUGAAAUCGGAAAACAAAUCGAAAUUGGGGAGCAUUGAUAAAGGUAAUGACCAAAUAUACUUACCUUCUAAAAAGUCAUCGAAAAGUAGCGGAAUAAGUGAAAAUACUAUAGUGGGCAAUGGAAAUCUGAAAAACGGAAAUUACGAUGGUGACGACCCAUCGAUGGAGAUGUUAGGACACACUAACAAUGUAAAGGCGAGUAACGGGAAGAGGAGAUUUACACUGAGGUCGUUCCUUACUAAAAGUACCAAGAUGGUGUCGUCCUCAAAAGAGGCGAAAGCUACAAAGACACUUGGGGUAAUAAUGGGUGGCUUUGUUGCCUGCUGGCUUCCCUUCUUCAUCCUGGCGGUAAUCCGCCCAUUCUGCGGUGCCCAGGAGCAAUACUGUUCCAUCCCGCCGUGGUUAGGUAGUGUUUUCGUGUGGCUAGGGUAUUUUAACUCAUUUUUAAACCCUUUAAUCUACGCACGUUUCAAUAGAGAGUUUAGAACUCCAUUUAAAGAAAUUUUAUGCUUCCGAUGUAAGGGUAUAAAUUCUCGCAUUCGCUCGGAAAGUUAUGUGGAACAAUACGGACCCGAUCCAACCUUCCGAGACAGUUUACGGCCUCCCACGGAGACGAUCGUCAGGUACAACAGCCAAGGACACACUAUUGUGCAUGUCGGAAACGGUAAUGCAUGUCCGGAUGAGAGUAAGCUGUGACGAGCUCGUAUUUAUUUAAAACGAUACUGUCAUAGAAAGUGAAAGCAAUGCCAUCAAAUGGUAAAUACGAAUGUGCCAAUUGUUAGGAUUCUAACCACAUACACACCAUAACUUAUAAAUAUUAGAGACAUAUUAAACGUCACUCUGUCGAGUUUUGUUAGUAAAGAGCAAUACGACUUGCAGAGAUAUAUUAAAUAUAUCUCUGUGAUGUCAUUGACAUUCGGCGUCACGAAUGACGUCAUGUUGUAUAUAGAAAGUAUAUCGUUAUGCCUUAAAUUGCCUGAAUGGGUGACGUGCACUGUAAGUAUGUGCUUCAGAUUAAAUUGUCUACUGUUGCCAUUGUUGAUGUACUGUGAUAGAUUGGCGGGGUGUCUACAUUUAUGUGAUAACGCUAAUCCACACUCUUUAUAUUCAAACGUAAAAAUUGAAUUGAAAAAAAAAUCGAAUCCAUACACUUGGUUAUGUUUUGGACCCAUGAACAGUAACGAUUAGAUCUUAAAACUACAUAACUGAUGGCACCCCUCCUAUUACCCAUCAAUAAGCGUUUAUAGGACCUUGUUAUCCAUCAAUAAGCGUUUAUAGGACCUUGUUAUCCAUCAAGCGUUUAUAAGACAUUGUUGUUAGACUUAUACGCCAGAGUUAUUGCCCUUGCCAUGUUUUUUUAGAGUUAUACAAACAGUGAGUCCACGAAGCGCCCUCUUGUCCAUUACAAAGUUUGCUUAGAACAUUGUCCCAUUAGUCCGAUAUACGUGUAUAUUGACAUUGUUUAUGUGUGACAGUGAUACAAACUAGUGCAACCGAUUUUAUUCAAUGCAAUUUAAAUAAUUAAUUAGGUAACUGUUUAUACUUUAUUGCCAGACAAAUAUGUUCGUAUUUGUGCGUAUUGAAUAUGUUUCCGCUUACUUUUGAUUUAAUAGUUAGAUGUUAAUGAAACAAUAGGAAGAUGUCAGCCAUUCUUCAGUCAAAUAUUUUAAAAAAAAACAUAUGAUCUACGAUAUUUCGUCACCAAAACAUCGUCCUUUUUAUUUGAUGUAACCAAUGUAAUGUAAUUUCAAAAAAUGUGAAAGUUUCUCUUACCUUGAGUUUAACUCGUGAAAUGCGAUUUGUAUAUGUUCAAAAUUGGUAGUUAAUUAUUAUCGGUGCGAUGAUGAGUUGACGGAAAACAAUCGUCAAAAUUUUCUUAAUUACGACACCGACACUAAAACAAAAAACAAAGUGACUUUUCUUUUUUUAAUUUAUCAAUUCCCAUUAAACUGGAAAUUUAUUUCUCACGUGAAUAUCGUAGACCCUAUGACAAUUGUUUGCUUGGAUGUUUUGAAUGUUUUAAUUGAAACGAGUUCUAAGCUUACUCUGUAGACUAAGAGGCCAAUCAUCGUCAUAAAUUGUUCAUGCAUGUAAUACAUAAUGUAAAAAACGAUGUGUACGUCACACAAAAAUGAUGUUUAGCCAUUUUUUCAACAUCAGAGAGUGCUGGCCCUGGGAAAUAUCAAUGAAUACCUUCAUUAGUUGUGGUCUAUACAUUACGGCACGAUUAUAAAGCAUAAUAUCAAUGAGUCAUAAUUGUUUGCGAUUUUUUAUCGAAAAAUUAUUGUAAAUAGCUUUGUUAUCUGUAAGAUAUACCAGUUAAUGUUGACUCCAUAAUCGUCGAUGUUAGGCCAGUUUUCGACCUCACAUCGCCGGUGUGAGGCCAGAUUUCGACCCCACAUCGCCGGUGUGAGGCCAGUUUUCGACCCCACAUCGCCGGUGUGAGGCCAGAUUUCGACCCCACAUCGCCGGUGUGAGGCCAGUUUUCGACCCCACAUCGCCGGUGUGAGGCCAGAUUUCCCGUCGUGUUAACAAUGUUGAGACAUUGACACAUUUACACAGCAUUGGCUGAAAACCAAAUUAUCGGUAUUAUAAUAACCAGUUCUUCUCAUGUUCUGGGAUCAAUUCAAAAGUUCUUUCAGCUCAAAGAAUAACAUAGAUAAGCGCGCGGGACUGUACGUGUAUGUUAAAUCAUUAUCGAUCGUUCUAGGAUAUUUCAUAUAUAUGAACUGGGAAUCGAAUGACAUCGUAAUGGCGAACAUUUCAUCACCUGUGUAAUCUGGGGGUGUAAGGUCACUUUGUACUGGUUAACGACGUACCCAGUCAACUGACAAACUUAGAUGUAUUUACUGACACUGUUAUUUUCGGACGAACAGGAGUAUGAUAACAUCGCUGAUAAAAUUACAAUAUAUCCCCGCUACAAACAGAUUUAUAACAACCGCCAGGAUCCAAUUCUACUGACUAAUAGGGUUUUAUCUACGGUAUAUCGAAACUAACGUGGGGUCAUACUGAAGUGACAUUAGGGUUCAGAAAAAGCUUGUAGAAAUAAUAUAUAUGUCUCGCAUAUAAGGGAUUUCAUACCUUUUUAAUUGAAUAUUGUUGAAAGAUUUACAAAUACGACAAGAUGUCAUCAACGUUUUUUUUUAAUUCCAUGCUGUAGAUACUGACCUGAUAACGUGAUGAGUACUGUCCACGACGAUAAAUAUUAACUAUAAUGGCCGCAGCCUCCGUGAGCAGCAUGAACCGGAUAUUGUGUGAGGGAAUGAAUUUAAUGUAGCAAUAAAGGCGACGAUUGGUGUGGAUAUCACUUCCUCUGGUUAGGCGUGGUCAGUGAAAUAAGGUAGUGAUGACGUCCUGUGUGUUAAUACAGAGUCGGUAUAACGAGGUAGUGAUGACGCCCUGGGUGUUAAUACAGGGUCGGUAUAACAAGGUAGUGAUGACGUCCUGGGUGUUAACACAGAGUCGGUAUAACAAGGUAGUGAUGACGUCCUGGGUGUUAACACAGAGUCGGAAUAACAAGGUAGCGAUGACGUCCUGGGUGUUAACAGAGUCGGUAUAACAAGGUAGUGAUGACGCCCUGGGUGUUAACACAGAGUCGGUAGUGAUGACGUCCUGGGUGUUAACACAGAGUCGGUAUAACGAGGUAGUGAUGACGUCCUGGGUGUUAACACAGAGUCGGUAUAACAAGGUAGUGAUGACGUCCUGGGUGUUGACACAGAUCGUCAGUUGUUAUUAAAACACUAGUUAUUCAAUAUUCGACCAAAUCGUUCGACAUUUUUACAACAUCGAUGUCUAUAAAAUGAAAUAUUAUCUGUCAAUGUUUUCCAAUAUAAGAUCCCAAGACUUGAUUAUAUUUUUUUUUUGCUUAUUUUUUCAUUAUUAUUAUUAUUAUUGGAAAUUCUGUAAUCUGCUACUGCUGACAACCAACACAUAUCUACGUUGUUUUAUCUGAUUUUAAAUCAAUUAUAUCUGGAUUUAAAAUCCAAAGUUAUCAAAACUGUAUGCAUAAUUAAAGCAAUACCAUUUUACAUGUCGAUUUUUUUUCUGAAGGUAGUUAAGUUGGAUUCCGUUACAUCCUGUUACAGUGAUGUCAAUAGCACCCAGUGUCCUAUUGGGACUCUGUUGUAAUCAUUUCCUGAGGAUGUUUCAUAAACCAACUGGGCGUAUUUUCGAACCUUACAUUAUUUGCAUAAUUAAUGACGUUGUGUUAUAUACACAGAGUUUCACUAGUAUUUCGUGCAUUCGUUACUUCGUCUCAUCAUUUCACGGUUGACUGUCACUCGUGCCGCCAGCACUCUCAUUAAUGUUUUUGGUAAGACAUUGCUGAAUUGUGUUACCUAUAUCCCAUAUAUACAUCUAAUGACAAGUCAGUAUAGACUGGAGUAUAUGUCGUGGUUUUUACACUCUCCGCUAGGUUUCGCUUCGAAAAUUUUCACGAGCGCAGCCUAGCGGAGAGAACUGGUACUAAGGCAGGUAAUCCAGGCUGAAUGUCGGUAUAACAUACGUAAUAUUGUGUUUACGUUUUACACACCAAUGCGGUAGCAUCAUACUACCAGUAUCUGCUGAGGGUUACCAUGACAAUGGUAACAAUGUAUCAAUGUUGUAUUCCGGGAUUCCUGGGUGACGACUAAUACCGGUUGUUGUAGAGGUGUAUCAUUGUUACGGCUUGUGAUCAAAAGUGGUGUACUAGAAAGGAGUAGACUUUACAUAAAAAGAUCUGACGAUCCACAAUGGUACUUCUCAAAAUAACUUAUCGGGCACUCAUUGUCGAAAAUUGUUAAAAACAAUGGAUCAUAUACAAAAACAAAAUGUAUACAUUGUGUUAGAAGCGAGGACUGAAAACCUCCGAAUACAAAUUGUGUGGCUCAACUAUCGGAGUCUGUGUGUUACAUUGAUAUUUCUUCAUCCUACAUUUAUUAAAACGAACUGGUGAUAAAAAGAUGGAAGCACUUGCUGUAACCAAACGGGUCUACUCCAGUCUAGGAUAGUUGGUACAAAGUGCUGUAUCAGCACCAGCUGUUCCAAGUCCACAAGAUAAUGUCUACCAAUCAGAAAAUCUCUAUCAUGUGACAGCCAUGUGAUGGUCACGUGAUAUGUUAUUAUUAUAGCAAAUCAAUAUUGAGUUGUCUUCCUUUAAAUAUCUUUAUUUGAAGAUCAAAACCCUCAAACUGGUGAAUCCCUUUAAUGUUUCUAUACAGAGAUUGAUAGAAUUACCUUGUACCUUGGAACAACUGAGUACCACGUGAUGUACCAAGUGAUAUACCACGUGAUGUACCAAGUGAUGUACCACGUGAUGUACCACGUGAGGUACCACGUGAUGUACCACGUGAUGUACCACUUGAGGUGCCACGUGAUGUACCACUUGAGGUACCACGUGAUGUACAACUUGAGGUACCACGUGAUGUACCACUUGAGGUGCCACGUGAUGUACAACUUGACAUGCCACGUGAGGUACUACUGCUAGCACUCACUCACUUCUCAUUACUGGCUUUGUGCGUUGAUAUUACAGAUUCUUGGACAUAAUAUAAUAAACUGUUAUUUAUUUAAA